AUGUCUGGACUCUCUGUAGAUUUGACUGCACCAAACGGCAGGAAGAUUACCCUUCCCACCGGCCUGUUUAUCAACAAUGAAUUUGUGAAAGCUACCGGCGGAGGUACCAUUGAGUCCAUAAACCCUGCCAACGAGGAAGUCAUUUGCUCCGUCGAGGCAGCUUCGGCCGAAGACGUUGACAAGGCCGUCAAGGCUGCCAGGGCUGCUUUCAAUGCCGAAUCAUGGGCUGAGCUUCCCGGUACUGAGCGAGGAAUCCUCAUGAACAAAUUGGCCGACUUGAUUGAGGCCGACAAGGAGAUACUGGCAACGCUCGAGACCUGGGACAACGGCAAGCCCUACAGUGUUGCUAUGAGUAUAGACGUGGCCGAGGUUAUCUCAACUCUUCGAUACUACGCCGGCUGGGCCGAUAAGAUUUGCGGAUCGACUAUCCCUACGACGUCCAAGAAGUUUGCUUACACUCUCAAGCAGCCCAUCGGCGUCUGUGGACAAAUUAUUCCGUGGAACUUUCCCUUGGCCAUGGCUGCUUGGAAACUCGGCCCAGCGCUGGCGGCAGGAAACACUCUAGUGAUGAAGCCCGCCGAGCAAACACCACUAUCAAUCUUGCACCUGGCUAGCUUGGUUCCAAAGGCUGGAUUUCCCCCGGGCGUCAUCAAUAUUGUCAACGGCUGGGGCCGAGAAGCUGGCGAUGCCCUUGCCAGCCAUCUCGACGUUGACAAGAUUGCCUUUACGGGCUCCACGGCAACAGGAAAACUUCUCAUGAAGACUGCUAGCAUUAACAUGAAGAAUAUCACCCUUGAGACGGGAGGCAAGUCGCCCCUGAUCGUCUUUAAGGAUGCCGACAUUGAACAGGCAGCCAAGUGGGCUCACAUUGGUAUCAUGGGCAACUCGGGUCAAAUCUGUACAGCCAACUCUCGUCUACUGGUCCAAGAAGAUAUUCACGACAAGUUCGUCGAGGCUUUCAAAAACGUAAUCAAAACCACCAACAAAGUCGGCGACCCCUUUGAGGAGACUACAUUCCAGGGCCCACAGAUCACCAAAGCUCAGUACGACAAGAUCUUGGGUUACGUCGAGAGCGCCAAGUCCGAGGGCGCGACUCUAACCAGCGGAGGUGUCCCAUACAAGGGGGUUGGACAGGGCAAGGGCUACUUUAUCGAGCCUACGAUUUUCACAGACGUCAAGAGCUCCAUGAAGAUUUACCGUGAGGAGAUCUUUGGUCCAUUCGUGAGCAUUGCACGCUUCAAGACCGAGUCCGAGGCCAUUGCCAUGGCCAACGACACCACCUACGGUCUUGGCGCCUCCGUAUUUACACAGAACAUGGAGGUCGGCCACCGCGUGGCCGCAAAGAUCCAAAGUGGCAUGGUUUGGAUCAACUCUUCAAACGAUUCCGAUUGCCGCGUUCCAUUUGGUGGCGUGAAGCAAAGUGGCAUCGGCAGAGAAUUGGGAGAAGCUGGACUCGCGGCAUACACGCAAGAAAAGGCCAUUCACGUGAAUCUUGGAGAGAGACUGUAA